CUCCUGUCUCUGUUCCUCAGCAACAUUUCCCUCUGUUUUUUGUCGGCUUUGGAGAACGCUGCUCGAUUCACGACGUGCUCUGCUCUAACUCAUUGCUAGACGAUUGCUAUGACAACCUCUCCUCCUAGGAGCACCGUCCGCAGCCUUGUCUUCUGGCACGGCGAAGAUGAGCUGCCAGAUGUUCCUUCCCGCAAAGCCUUGAGUGACUGGGACGAAUAUGAAGACGAAGUUGUUGCAGCACAGCCCAAUCCUGAGAGGGGGCAGUCUAUGUACGUCACGCUGUUCGAAGAUAUGCUGAAGACGGUAUUUGCUCACGAGGCGCAUCUGUUUUCCCAGGAGGAGCUUGGGUGCUUCAUGAAAUAUAGCGUUCUUCCAUAUGGGGAGCGCUAUCUACUUGUUCGGCUUUGUCUUCGUAAACCUGGAAAAUGGCACCGCCUCAGUGACCUGGAGAAGAGAUAUAAGAGAGAACUCGGCGUCGAGCUCCCGGACGUUGUCCAGAGAUUAUGCAAGCGUUUCGACACGAGCUCUAAUCAAGACCCGGUCAACGUUGAGGUCAAACUUGAGCAAGACAUUGAGUCCUUCAGCAUCAACCGCCGUGGCAGUUCUACCGCUUCAGUCACGUCAUCUGUGAAGGUCAAAGUAGAGGAACGAGAAAUCAUUGAUUUGACCUUGGAUGAUGAAAAGCACCGUCCUGCGCCUCACCCUUCUACCUCACGUGAACACAAUUUCAAUUCAAUUGAUCCUAUCAAUAAAUCGGAAUAUCCAUCAUUCGCGGAUGAUGAGGCCCAUGCUUCUCUACGGGAGUUGCUCGAAUGCCUGAUACGAGAGGAACUCAUCCUUGUAGCGAAGCAACUGGGCCUCAAAGCUUCCGGGAAUCAAGAUGAUUUGAUUGAAACGAUGCUGUCCUCAUCAUCGGUCCAGGCAACUCUUCCCUUCGCCAUUAGCUCGUUUCAUGCGAAAGCUAAACAGAGGGCGGACAGUCUGAUGCAAACGAAGCUGCCCUUUUUAUCUCAGAAGAGGCAGAUCCAUAGGCUGCGAGAGAUGGUCACGAGACAGUUGGGUAAAUGCCUCAGGAUUAAUGAGAAUGUGAUGAACCUAUUCCGUCGUGUGAACAUGGUGUACUUCCGGAGUACGGAGCACACUCCGUCUCUCAUGGUUCCGUCUAUCCUGCUUCGGUCCAAGAAGCGAGCGUAUGCUUCAUAUCAGCACAGGCGCACCACUGAUAUAUGGCUAUCGCGAGAAGCAUUAUUAGCCUACGAGGAAGCUUUGGAGUUGGAAGCUCAAGUCGAUGCCCUCUUCCAAGGAGGAGCACCGGCUUCCUCCUGGCGGGCCCGCUCCGCUGCAACCAAGACGCCAAAGCCCGAUCCCCAGAGAUUCCGCACGCCUAUCACGCCCAGCAAGAAACGUCUGCCGUCCACCCCGAGUACGAGGCAUAGCGUAUGCAGCAAGAUUGAAGACGAGUCCAUAGAGCUCGGCAUGAACCUUCUGGGGAAGCUGGACGAUAAGUCGCCCAGAGUGCGGAACGCGAGGGCGGUGAAGGAGAUCUGGGAAGGAGUCUAUCCUCGCUGGCAGGACAUGCUGAGAGUUCAGGAUGAACUUCCUGCCAGAGAGGGAGGCCUGGAGCGCUUUGAGUGUGGACAUAUCCUGACGCGCAUCGUCUGCAAGGCAUCCACUGCGUUAGGUAUUCUCAAAGAGCACGAGCUCGAGCUUGAAGUCCUCGAAGCCUUGCUCGCACAGCGCAGGUGGCGCAGGGGCCGAAGAGGCAGAUGGCAUGAGCGACGGGCACUUAUUCUGAUGCAGUACUGCGGCAAGUCAAGAGAGGCGUACGAGCGCGCGUUGGAAGCUGUGACGGAGGCCCUGUUAGACGAUGAUACGCAUAUCGUCUAUCGGCCCAAGCUUGAGCGUAGAUUGACUACUCUCGAGAAGUGGCUCAAGGUUUCCGAAGCUGACCGCCAUACGUGCGAAGCAAAGCUGAACAAGGCCGAGGAGGUCUCUCUCUCAGGCGUGCGUGUUCACCACCGCACGUCUAACAUGGUCUUGGAUCGCUUCGGGCGGCCAGUCGGCAAGCGUCGGGCACUGCAGCCUAGUCAAGCUACAGGCGGUUCGCUCAAGCAGGCCGCUCUUCCUCAGUCGUGGACUCAGCAUGUCUCGUUCGCAGAAGAGAAAGCGGACGCAGAUAACGCCAACGCUCAGGGAAAGACUAUAUGGAAAGGGAGAGGAAAUGAGGAGGUCAGCGUGGAAACUUUGGCUCUGCAGUACUAUGAAGAACAAGGCUACAAGGGCUUUCAUUGCGAAGGGAGGAUAGUCACAACACUCUUCGGCCUGCUCUUCUGGGACAUCAUCUUCGCGAACAUUCCUGGGACGUUUGAGACGCCGUAUCAUUCGUCUCCGCUGGACAUCGCAGAGGAUACGUUCCUCUUUGCACGACAACAGCUCAUAGAACGCAGGUUGGAUGAACUGAAGGAGGGACAAGCAAGGCAGGUCCUCGAACGUGUAUAUGAUCAACAUGCGGAGGCGCAGACGUUGUGUGUUGGAGUCCGAUGGGGUCUAUUUGACAAGCAGGAUCUGCUGGAGAUCACCGAGUGCAUUGGAGGCGAUGCGUUGGCGAUGAUUUGUCGCUUGUUAUGUGAAGACUACGCCGGACGAUGUGGGGGCGUGCCAGACCUGUGCAUAUGGAAUGCUGAGCACGGCGAGUGCAAGUUCGUCGAGGUCAAGAGUCCCAAUGAUCGAGCGCAAGAAAACCAGAAGGUUUGGAUGGACGUACUGCGACGCGCAGGCGUACCUGUGGAGCUGUGCCACGUGUAUGAGCAGGGGACAGAUGACCCUCUGGUCAAAAAGAAGGGCAAGGGCAAAGGCAAAGCGACAACGAAAAACAUGAGCGACCUCGGUCAGCCCAAGCGCAAGCGGGAGGAAUCCAAUUCGGAAGAACAGCUCGUGGAGUCCGAGGACGAGACCGAGGUAGACUACUCUCAGCUGGACAUCCAUCCGAGCCAAGAGGGUGCCGGUACGCAGGCGGAAAGUGUGCUCCAUGAAACGUCCAGAGUACAGGCGGGGAAGAAGGUCGUGAAUCGUGUCGAGAUCGUGAUCACGUCCUCUCCUGCUGGGUCGCCCAUUAAGAAGAGGCCCAGGCAGGAGCGAUCCCCUUCGCUUUAGUUUGUUUGCCUCCCUUUCAUGGCCGUGCUUAUUUAUUGCUACCCAUAUGCACUUAGAUACGUCCGACGCUUUCCAUAUACCGUGUCACACCUUAGCUGGAUAUUAUACCAUUGUACAACAAAUGUCAGGAGCUCCAAUAUGCAUAAAUUACUGGAGCGAGGCUUUCUCGAGCUUCCAAUG